GUGGUAACGCUUUGUUGUGGCAUUACUGUAGAUGAGGGAGAUUACCGUAAUGUGUGUCGGUGACCGUAGGUUUCCCACGAGGAGACGUACGAACAGACAUAAGAACACUCUGUAGUUCUCAGUAAGUGCUCUUUGUCGUCGCGGAUUUUAAGGGGGCAGUUUGUUCUUCGCACCGUCUCUAGAGAAGCGCUUCACUGACCUGAGAAAUGUUUGGUCCCCCGCUGGACUUUUCAUUUAAAUGUCUCAGUUCGAUGGCAGACGUGCUUGGUGAGGAGCCUAACACUGGGCUGCGUCCACUCAAGCGCUCUGCGGAGCGGAAGUUCUGCAGCCGAGCGUUGCGUCUGAACAACAACAUCAUCACGGAGCUGAGCGGCCUCCACAGCACUGUCCACGCCCUGCUCAGCCAACCACACCAGCUCGCCUGGCUGGACCUCUCCUUCAACGACAUCUCCCACAUAGACACGGCCCUGAUAGAGCUGGAGCAGCUGAGGGUGUUAUAUCUCCAUGGCAACAGCAUCAGCAGGCUGGGGGAGGUGGAUAAGCUGGGCUCGCUGCCAUGGUUACACACACUCACCCUGCACGGCAACACCCUGGAAACCGAGCAGGGAUACAGGGGUUACGUGAUUGCGGCGGUGCCCCAGCUGAAGAUGAUGGACUUCAGUGCGGUGACCAAUCAGGAGCGCCGCAUGGCUCGGAUCUGGCACCAGCCCGCACACCGCCACAAACCCACCAAGCCCAGCUCAGACGCCUGAGGAUCGCCAUGGCAACGCGACACAACACCUCCAUCAUAGCAUUCCAUUCCUGGGCUGAGAACUGCUAAUUCAGAAUCGGAACACUGCGGGUGUGUGGUGAUGAGAGAGAAAGAGGCCCCAAUAAAGUACACUUCACCGGUCCUCCA